UUAAUUUUAUUUGACUCCACCAAAAACCCAUUCAUUGGUUCUUUAUCUCGAGUCAGUCGACACCUCUGGCUCUGGCUCUGGCUCUGGAUCUCCCAAAAAAAUGAAUGCUGUUUCCACUGAUUUUAUAGAAGAAAGCGGUAACGGGAGCGAUUCGGACACGAAUCCCGAUGAGCCACCGGAAUACUACCAGCCAAUCUCGGCCGUCGACGACGAAGAUUCCGAUCAACUCAGCUCAGACGAAGACCACGCCGCUGGCUUUCACCGCCUCCCGAACGGAAUUUCGUCUCUUGAAAUAAACGACGGCGUAGAGCGUGAAGAAGACGAGGGUGAUGAAGGGGGAGAGAAUGAAAAUGAAGAGGAGGAAAUUAGGGAGAUUCCAGAUUCGGCGACUGUGAGGGCUUUUAGCGAGGACGAGAGUCGAAGAAAUGCGCCGCUGUCCCCCGAGAAUGCCACCAGAGUUAUGGAAGCAAUGCGUGGGGUUUCGUUCGGUGGAGUUACUCCCGAUUGGGUAGGCCUUGUGCCUGAGGAUCAGUGGAUUGAUCGCCUGCGGAGACUCAGGCAACCACCACAGACUAGUUCAUCAAGCACAAUUCAAAACUGAGAGAUUUUGGGUUUUUAUUUUUUAUUAUUUAUAUGGAAUCGUUGAAUUGAAAGUUGUUGAAUGUUUCUGUGAACUGCUUUUGUUUCAUUCUGGUUCUGUAUAACAAGUUUAGAGCUGGUUGAAUUGGUCUGUGGGAUACUGUAAUACUGUUAGUUGCUAUAAUGAACAAAAUUCUUAUUGUAUUUUGCAGCAACGAGCAGCAGAAAAUUGUCUGGUACUGAUGUAAAAUGAAGGGUACGUUUUGGAUAA